AUGGAAAAUGAUUUUAAUGAAAUCCUAAAUGAAUUAAAGCGUGUUAUCUCUCUCAAUGAAAACAAGGCUUCCCAAGAAUACAUAGACUUCCAAAAUAAGAUUCUCUUAAACACAGAUUACAUUUUCUCUUGUGUUAGUAACUUUAAUUCAUUAUCAAGCGAUGCAGAGAUAUCAACUAUUUUAUCAAUAGUUACUUGUCAUAUUAGAACAAGUUUUGCUGAAUUAAAUCAAGAUCAAUUAUUGGAAUUAUACAACCUUGCAUUUGGAACAUGCGUUCAACGAUGGAAUACAUUCGACAAUGAAUCAAAAAACAAAUCUGCCACGCUUCAAGCUCAAAUGUGCUACAGAUUAUAUCCAGAGUAUAAACCCGAUUUUAUUGAUUUAAUUCAAACAUUGGAACCAAGAGAACUUAAAUUUAAGAUCAUGCGAGAAUUUACAAAUAUCAUUUCCCUCUUAGAUCCAUUGAAUUUUCAGAUCACCAAUAAUUUAAAGAAAUAUUUAGUUGAAAACGACUUAAACAAGAUCUUACAGAUUAUUUACGAAGGGUUAGUUGCAGAAAAUGUUGAUUCCUUUUUUGCAUUAUCCUAUUUAUCGUUUGCAGUCUCUCCUGAUUGGGUAACAAACAAUGACAUCGUUGGCGCAUUCGGUAAUGCCAUACAAAACGCGGAACUUUGUCCUCCUUACAUUUCAGUUUUAACAUCUUUGAUAGAAUCACCGAUAAACCAAUAUAGAAAUGAUAUUUUCAAUUCAUUUGCUAUCCCUGAUGUCCUUGCCUCCAUUCUCGACAAUAAACCGACCGAAGAUAUCUUAAUUUCUGCAGCUCAUUUACUAAAUUCUUGUGGUCGACUUGUAGACCUAAACGAAGAGCAGACAUUCGCUCUAAUUGAACAAUCACUUGCAUUCCUUGAUAUUCCUUUGAACGAAGUCUCUCAAGAAGUUUUAUCUUAUAUUAAUAACUCAAUAUACGAUCGUUCCCAGUACUGCGGCAUAUUUUUCCAACACCUUGCUGGAAGGCUUGUUGUUUACAUCGAAAAUAAUCCUUUUCCGCUUAUGUCGACAUUAUAUUCCAAUUUUCUAAGGUCUAUCACAAAUUGCUUCAGAGAAAAUGCAAAUGAUACUAUGCAAGAGUGUACCGCUUUCUUUUUCGAAGACGGACAGCUUUUAGAAAGUAUUCCGAAAUUAUCUGCCCUUUUGUCAAUUUUGACCGACCAAAUAUCACUUAGAAUAUGUAUUGAAGACUUUAUGAAGUUGAUUGACACGAUUUUUUACUCUAUAAUUGAAUUUUUACAGGGAAUUCAGAGUUUAAAGGAAAAAGACAGUUUUCCUUUGAUAUAUACAUUCUUUAAGCUCAUGGAUACAUUCAUACAACACUGCGAAUCAUUUUUCAUGGAAAAUGACAGAUCUACAAGAAUAUUCCAAACAUUAAUGAAUUUAUUAGUACUCGAACAGGACAGUGACAUGAAGCAGAAGCUCCUUGGCCUACUCUUCCAGCUUUCUAAGUCAAGAGCAACGAAAUCUGGUCAAUUAAACCUGGCAGAAGAUGAUUUAAAGAAUAUGAUUCUGUAUUUUAGCACUCCUGAAGUACUCAGAUCUGUUUCGUUCCUCAUAACGAAGUUUGACAAUGAAAUUUACCAAAAUUUAAUCGAAGAAAUCGUGAACCACUUCGAAUCAACGAAAACCGAAGAGAAUAAUGUCGAAUACUCACUGUUACAAGCAUAUUUCAUCAGCUGUUUGCAGCCAGGAACGUUUCCAUACAAAGAACAGUUUAUAAUGGAUUUUAUAUUGCGUCAAAUGCAAAUAUACGAAGAUAAUAUUACUGUUUACAAGAGGUAUGUUGAGUGCUUGCCGAUUCUUGGUGUUAAUUCCUUUGAAAUUUUCAAAAAUAUUCUUGAAACGAAAGAUAUCUCGCAAUUUCUCUCUGAAAGCAUCUUCUGUGCAAGGUGCUACCUGAAGAUAAAUCAGCAGCUCCUAAAUGUCACCGAUGCAUACGCAGGAGGCAUCAGUGAUAUAAAUUGGGUCAGAAACUUUACAGAAAUUUUUGUUCAGAAAUUUUCAGAACUAAUGGGUAAUUUUCAGAAGUUUAUUUUUUCAAAGGAAAUGUAUUCAAAUUUGUAUACAACAGUUAAUCAGAUAAAUGGUUUUCUUGUUCAAUUCAAUCAGAUUACAGAUGAAGAAUUUUUGGCUUUAAUUGGUAUUUUUAAGUUUUUAUUCAUCAAAUCAUAUAAUACCAAGCAAAUUCUUCAGUCUUGUCUCUCAAUCCUGAAUUUAUCUGUUAAGGAUCCAAAGAAAUCUGAUUGGAUAAUUACUGAGAUGACUCCAUUCACGUUUUCCUUCAUUUUCGGAUCGAAAUUUGAUCCAAAUAAGCAAGAAUUCGAAGUUUUCUUGCAGGAGUUUGUUUUUAAGACUCAUGACUUGUUCUUAAAGAUCAAUCCUGAGUUAUUUAAAGAAGUACUCAACAAGUUCUUUGCAGAGUUUGGUUGUCCUGAAGAUUUCGCACAAGAAUACGUCCAAGUGCUUCAAAUUGAGAAGAAGAUGGUUUGGCCAAAAUUAAGAGUAUUUUAUCUGAAAUUGAUGAGUUACAGAUGUUCUGAAUCAUUGCCAAACGGAUUAUCUUAUUAG